AUGCCCCUCAUUAAUGAUAUUCCUCAGCUGCAUGGUAUUUAUAUAUUUAAUAAUACUAAAGUUCUACCUGAAGAAUCAAUAAAAAAAUGGCAAAAAAUCAAGAGCAUUCAUACCAACAUCGAUGAUCUAUGUCAAGCAUUACAAUUGGGUAUUAAACAAUACCACCAAGACUCGAUAGCUAUGAGUUUUAUCACGGUCACUGAUAUGGCUUCAACUAAUAAUUUAAAUCAGUUAGAGCCAACUUUUAUGUAUACUCAGCUAUUCAAGGAAAUUCUUCUUGAUAUGCAUCACAAUAAACAGGCUAUCAAAGACUUUAUUAUUUACUGCCGAGAUCAUGACUGCAUAUCGCCUAUAUAUAUUAACCGUUUUGAGAAAGAAUACAAUUCUCAAUCCGCUAUUUGGUGGUAUACCUUUCCAUCAAAUAUCUAUUCUAUGCUCAAUGAUGCUCUUCGAACAUUAGAAGCCGAUAAAAUUAUUACUAUGGGGUUUUUUUUACGUCAUCUGCAUCAGCAAAUUCAGCAAUUAUACAAACAACAGAUUGAUAGCUAUGGUAAAAAAACUUUUUUGGUUUACCGAGGACAAGGUCUCAAGAAAUCAGACUUUGAAAAACUUGAAAAAGCAAAAGGUGGACUUAUGUCAUUUAACAAUUUCUUGUCCACCAGUAAAGAUAAAGAAGUGUCUCUCCAAUUUGCUGAAUGUGCUUCGACAGCACCGGACACGGUGGGCAUUCUCUUUAUAAUGUCCAUUGAUUCUUGUAUUAAAUCAACACCAUUUGCCUGCAUCAAGGAGGUUAGUGCUAAUAAGGAUGAAGAAGAAAUUCUUUUCUCAAUGCACACCGUCUUUCGAGUGGGUGCAAUUAAACCAAUGGAGAAUAAGAAUCAACUUUAUGAAGUUGAAUUACGAUUAACGUCAGAUGAUGAUCAACAACUACGAUUAAUUACUGAUCGAAUACGAGAAGAAGCUGGUGAUGGUACUGGAUGGCAGAAAUUGGGUACAUUAUUGCUUAGAAUUGGUCAACUUAAUAAAGCUAAAGAACUUUAUAACGUAUUACUCGAACAGACAUCUGAUGAGAGUGAAAAAUCGAUUUAUUAUCAUCAACUAGGAUUAGUGCAUUCAAACCAAGGUGAUUAUGAAAAGGCUAUUUGCUAUUAUGAAAAAGCACUUGAAAUCUUUCAGAAAACUCUUUCUUCAAAUCAUCCCCUGCUGGCUACUUCUUACAACAGCAUAGGUACUUCGUAUCAUUACAUGGGAAAGUACUCGCAAGCACUUUCAUCUCUCGAAAAAGCACUUCAAAUUCGACAAAAAACUCUUCCUUCGAAUCAUCCUGAUUUUGCGCAGUCAUACAAUAACAUCGGUAGUGUGUAUGACAAGAUGGGAGAGUACUCGAAAGCACUUUCUUUUUACGAAAAAGCGCUUGAAAUUCAUCAAAAAACUCUUCCUUCAAAUCAUCCUGAUUUAGCUACUUCAUACAACAACGUUGGUAGUGUGCAUGCAAAGAUGGGAGAGUAUUCGAAAGCACUUUCAUUUUACCAACAAGAGCUUCAAAUUUGUCAGAAAACUCUUCCGUCAGAUCAUCCUCAUUUAGCUAUUUCAUACAACAACAUCGGUUUGGUGUAUGACAGCAUGGGAGAAUACUCAAAAGCACUUUCAUCUCACGAAAAAGCAUUUGAAAUCUAUCAAAAAACUCUUCCUUCAAAUCAUCCUAAUUUGGCUACUUCAUAUAACAACAUCGGUAGUACGUAUGACAAGAUGGAAGACUAUUCGAAAGCACUUUCAUCUCACGAAAAAGCACUUGAGAUCUAUCAAAAAACUCUUCCUUCAAAUCAUUCUUCAUUGGCUACGUCAUACAACAACAUUGGUAGUGCGUAUAACAACAUGAGAGAGUACUCGAAAGCACUUUCAUAUUACGAAAAAACAUUUGAAAUAUGUCAAAAAACGCUACCUUCAAAUCAUCCUUUAUUGGCUAGUUCAUACAACAACAUCGGUAGUGUGUAUGACAACAUGGGAGAGUACUCGAGAGCACUUCCAUGUCUUGAAAAAGCGCUUGAAAUCUAUCAAAAAACUCUUCCUUCAAAUCAUCCUGAUUUGGCCAGUUCAUACAACAAUAUCGCUGGUGUAUAUUACAAUAUGAAACACUAUUCGAAAGCACUUUCAUUUUACGAAAAAGCACUUGAAAUUCAACAAAGAACUCUGCCUUCAAAUCAUCCUAAUUUGGCUACUUCAUACAACAACAUCGGUUUGGUGUAUGACAACAUGGGAGAAUACUCGAAAGCACUUUCAUUUUACGAAAAUGCACUUGAAAUUCAACAAAGAACUCUGCCUUCAAAUCAUCAUAAUUUGGCUACUUCAUACAACAACAUCGGUUUACUGUAUGACAACAUGGGAGAAUACUCGAAAGCACUUUCUUUUUAUGAAAAAGAACUUGAAAUUAUACAUGAAACUCUUCCUUCAAAUCAUUCUUCGGUGGCUACUUCAUACAACAACAUCGGCUUGGUGUAUAAAAACAUGGGAGAGUAUUUGAAAGCAUUUUCAUAUUACAAAAAAGCACUUGAAAUUUGUCAAAAAACUCUUCCUUCAGAUCAUCCUGACUUGACUACUUCGUACAACAACAUCGGUAAUGUGUAUCAUAACAUGGGAAAGUACUCGAAAGCACUUUCAUUUUACGAAAAAGCACUUGCAAUUAAACAAAAAACUCUUCCUUCAACUCAUUCUGAUUUGACUCCUUCAUACAACAAUAUUGCUGAUGUAUAUUACAAUAUGGAAGACUACCCGAAAGCUCUAUCAUAUUUUGAACGUGUUCUGGAUAUACUACAAAGUUCCUUACCUCCAACUGAUCCUAAUAUAAAAAUUGUGAAAGAUAAUAUUGAAAUUGUAAAAGAAGAAAUUAUAAAAAAUAGUAGAUAA